AUGUUGGCUGCGGCUGCAGCAGCUGAGACGAUGGCAGCGCCUGCGGGCAGCAAGGGAUGGAGGCAGCGGGACCCGGACGUAAUCGGGACCGGGAGACUGAGGUCUGGGUUCGGUCUCCCAAGGCUCCUGGUGGUGCUCCCGCCGCUGCUGCUGCUCCUGCUGCUCCCGCUGUUGCUACUCUUGCUGCUGCCCCGAGAGGCUGGGGCGGCGGCGGCGACAGGAUCAGGCUCACUUGUAUCCGAGGCCAAGAAAUGUGAUCAGCCCUGUGUCAACGGCGGCCGCUGUGACCCUGGCACCGGCCAGUGCAUCUGCCCCGCCGGCUGGGUGGGCGAGCAAUGCCAGCACUGCGGGGGCCGCCUCAAGCUAACUGGAUCUUCUGGGUUUAUAACAGAUGGACCUGGUUAUUAUAAAUAUAAAAUGAAGUGCACGUGGCUCAUUGAAGGACAGCCAAAUAGAAAAAUGAGACUUCGUUUCAAUCAUUUUGCUACAGAGUGUAGUUGGGACCAUUUAUAUGUUUAUGACGGGGACUCAAUUUAUGCGCCACUAAUUGCUGCCUUUAGUGGCCUCAUUGUUCCUGAAAGAGAUGGCAAUGAGACAGUUCCCGAGGUGGUUGUCACAUCAGGUUAUGCCCUUCUGCAUUUUUUUAGCGAUGCCGCUUAUAAUUUGACUGGAUUUAAUAUCACUUACAAUUUUGACAUGUGUCCGAAUAAUUGCUCAGGCCGAGGAGAAUGUAAGGCCAGCAACAGCAGUGGCAAUGUGGAGUGUGAAUGUUCCGAAAACUGGAAAGGUGACUCGUGUGACAUUCCUUACUGUACAAACAACUGUGGUUUUCCUCAUCGAGGCAUCUGCAAUUCAAGUGAUGUCCGAGGAUGCUCCUGCUUCUCUGAAUGGCAGGGCCCUGGAUGUUCAGUUCCUGUGCCAGCUAACCAGUCAUUUUGGACUCGAGAGGAAUAUUCAAACUUAAAGCUGCCCAGAGCAUCUCAUAAAGCUGUGGUCAAUGGAAACAUAAUGUGGAUUGUUGGAGGAUAUAUGUUCAACCACUCAGAUUACAGCAUGGUUCUAGCGUAUGACCUUGCUUCUAGGGAAUGGCUUCCACUAAACCAUUCUGUGAACAAUGUGGUUGUUAGAUAUGGUCAUUCUUUGGCUUUAUAUCAGGAUAAAAUUUACAUGUAUGGAGGAAAAAUUGAUUCAACAGGCAAUGUGACCAAUGAGUUGAGAGUGUUUCAUAUUCAUAAUGAAUCAUGGGUAUUGUUGACCCCAAAGGCAAAGGAGCAGUAUGCAGUGGUUGGACACUCAGCACACAUUGUAACACUGAAGAGUGGCCGGGUGGUCAUGCUGGUCAUCUUUGGUCACUGCCCUCUCUAUGGAUAUAUAAGCAAUGUGCAGGAAUAUGACUUGGAGAGGAACACCUGGAGUAUUUUGCAAACCCAGGGUGCCCUUGUGCAAGGGGGUUAUGGCCACAGCAGUGUUUAUGAUCACAGGACCAAAGCCCUGUAUGUCCACGGCGGUUACAAGGCUUUCAGUGCUGUUAAAUACAGGCUCGCAGAUGACCUCUACAGAUAUGAUGUGGACACCCAGAUGUGGACCAUUCUUAAGGACAGCCGAUUUUUCCGUUACUUGCACACAGCUGUGAUAGUGAGUGGAACCAUGCUGGUGUUUGGAGGAAAUACACACAAUGACACAUCCAUGAGCCAUGGUGCCAAAUGCUUCUCUUCAGACUUCAUGGCUUAUGACAUUGCUUGUGAUCGCUGGUCAGUGCUUCCAAGACCUAAUCUCCACCAUGAUGUCAACAGAUUUGGCCAUUCCGCAGUCUUACACAACAGCACCAUGUAUGUGUUUGGUGGUUUCAACAGUCUCCUCCUCAGUGACAUCCUGGUACUCACCUCGGAACAAUGUGAAGCACAUCAGAGUGAAGCUGCUUGUGUGGCAGCAGGACCCGGUGUCCGCUGUGUGUGGGACACAGGGUGGUCUCAGUGCAUCUCCUGGGAGCUGGCAACUGAAGAACAAGCAGAAAAGUUAAAAUCAGAAUGUUUUCCCCAAACAACCCUUGACCAUGACAGAUGUGACCAGCACAUGGAUUGUUACAGCUGCACGGCCAACACCAAUGACUGCCACUGGUGCAAUGACCAUUGUGUCCCUAUUCAUCUCAGCUGCAUGGAAGACCAGAUUUCCAUUUCUACAUAUGAGAAUUGCCCCAAGGAUAACCCUAAGUACAGUUGUGUCAAGAAGACCAGCUGUAGGAGCUGUGACCUGGACCAGAAGUGCCAGUGGGAUCCCCAGAAUCAAGAGUGCAUCUCCCUGCCUGAAAAUAUCUGUGGCGUUGGCUGGCAUUUGGUUGGAAACUCGUGUUUGAAAAUUACUACUGCCAAGGGGAAUUAUGACAAUGCUAAACUGUACUGUAGGAACCACAAUGCCUUUUUGGCUUCCCUUACAACCCAGAAGAAAGUGGAAUUUGUCCUUAAGCAGCUGCAAAUAAUGCAGCCAUCACAGAGCAUGUCCAAGCUCACCUUAACCCCAUGGGUUGGCCUUCGGAAGAGCAACAUGACCCACUGGUUCUGGGAAGAUAUGACUCCAUUUACAAAUAGUUUACUACAGUGGAUGCCAUCUGAGCCCAGCGAUGCUGGGUUCUGUGCAAUCUUGUCAGAACCCACUGUUCGGGGAUUAAAGGCUGCAACCUGCAUCAACCCCCUCAAUGGCAGCAUCUGUGAACGGCCUGCAAACCACAGUGCCAAGCAAUGCCGGACGCCGUGUGCCUUGCGGACUGCGUGUGGGGAGUGCACCAGCAGCAGCUCUGAGUGCAUGUGGUGCAGCAACAUGAAGCAGUGUGUGGACUCCAACGCCUACGUGGCCUCCUUCCCUUUCGGCCAGUGUAUGGAGUGGUAUACCAUGAACAGCUGCCCCCCUGAAGAUUGUUCAGGUUAUUAUACCUGUAGUCAUUGCUUGGAGCAGCCAGGCUGUGGCUGGUGUACUGAUCCCAGCAACACUGGGAAAGGGAAAUGCAUGGAGGGAUCCUACAAAGGACCAGUGAAGAUGCCUCCACAGGCCUCUGCUGGAACUGCCUAUCCACAGCCCCUUCUGAAUUCCAGCAUGUGUCUAGAGGACAGCAGAUACAACUGGUCUUUCAUUCACUGUCCAGCUUGCCAGUGCAAUGGCCACAGCAAGUGCAUCAACCAGAGCAUCUGUGAGAAGUGUGAGAACCUGACCACGGGCAAGCACUGCGAGACCUGCAUAUCUGGCUUCUAUGGUGAUCCCACCAAUGGAGGCAAAUGCCAGCCAUGCAAGUGCAAUGGACAUGCCUCGCUGUGCGAUACCAACACGGGCAGGUGCUUCUGUGCCACCAAGGGCGUCAAGGGGGACCAGUGCCAGCUAUGUGAGGUAGAAAAUCGAUACCAGGGAAACCCUCUCAAAGGAACAUGUUAUUAUACUCUUCUUAUUGGCUAUCAGUUCACUUUUACCCUCUCCCAGGAAGAGGAUCACUAUUACACAGCCAUCAAUUUUGUGGCCACUCCUAAGGAACAAAACAGGGAUCUGGACAUGUUCAUCAAUGCCUCCAAAAACUUCAAUCUCAACAUCACCUGGGCUGCCAGCUUCUCAGAUGGAGCCCAGCCUGAGGAACAGAUGCCUAUUGUUUCAAAAACCAACAUUAAGAAGUACAAAGACAGCUUCUCUAAUGAAAAGUUUGAUUUUCGAAACCACCCAAAUGUCACUUUCUUUGUGUAUGUCAGUAAUUUCACCUGGCCCAUCAAAAUUCAGAUUGCCUUCUCUUAACACAUCAACUUUAUGGACCUGGUGCAGUUCUUCAUGACUUUUCUUCA